CCUCUUGGUGAAGGCAGGUGGGGGGCACCCCCUGUGGUGGGGGUGGCAGCAAGAGGCUGGUCAGUGCUGGUGGGAAGCUCUUAGCACCCAGGAUGGUUUUCUAGAAGAGACAGUGCUCUGCCCGUUCAUGUCCCCUCCCUAGAAAAUCCACUUUGUGCUUUGAAUCAAAGGAAGGAUGUUCCCACAUCCUCCUGAUUUACACCAGGAAAGCCUUGGGGGAGGCAGCAGAAUGACUGGUGCAAGACCAUCCAUACUAGCUUGUGGUAGUGUGAAAUGGCAACGGAUGAGUCCAGUCUCCCCAGUGCUUGUAGAAAAGUAUCCUCUUGGCUGUACAGACCCCAGUGGAGGGAGAGGGGCCCAGCCAGGGAGCAGCCCCUGCUCUAGCCCCACCUCAGCCGGGGUGGUCAGGAGCCACCUGAAAGCCACAGGCAAUGACAGGCAACGAGGAGAUCAGCUGUGUCAAGCCGGUUCAUGGUGCAACAGGCAGGCUACCUAGCACACCUGCUAUUUAAGCAAGGUGUUUUGCUGGCACAGCCAUAUUUAAUGCUACAAGCAAUGUAUUUCCAUGAGCAGGGUUUAGAAAGAUGCUGUUCAAGGAGUGCGUUUACCUCGGCUUCUUGGCGGAGAGCCGGAGUGCUGCUCUCCUCACUGCUAUAUGGGAGAGGGACCAAGUCACAGGGGGCUUAGCCCAUGGUCAGCAUCUAAACCAUUGAUAGUGUUUGCUGCCAGGCCCUGGCUCCCACCUUGUCCUCUGGGCACAGCAGCUUGUCAUGGCUCCCUGGGUCACCCCAUACAGCGCAGCAGCAGGACCCAUGGCUGCAGGGCAGCGGGGGUUUAAUCCUGAGCCUCGUGUGCUCCUUUGGUCCUCAGGCCACUUCAAUUUUAAUUGCAUUUGCAGAUAUUCCUGAGGAAGAGAGCAAGAUGCUUGCCUGCUUCGGACAGCCACAGCAUCCCAGCUGCCUGCUCCCCCCUGGCUCAGCUUUGGCUGCGUGCAAGAAAGCAGGCAGGGAGGAUUUCAGAGCAGCUGAAGUGUCCUGGCUGCUCAGCUAUCACCCACAAGUGGCAGCACAUGAGCAGCUCUAUGAGCAGCCAGCACUGGGGCCCUUCACAUUUGGGGGGGAGAGGGGGCAGGGACACCCCCUCCAACCAAGAUGUGUAGAGCAAGGAAACCAGCCUGAUAUUGCUGAUCCCCAAACCCCUGCCCACCCCAGUAUGGGAGCCUGUUUGUUUGGGCCAGGAUUUGGCCACAUCAUGGCUGAGAGGAACUCCGUGUGCCAGGAGCAGGAGGCACCAACCAGGGCAUUACGCAGGUGCCUACAAGGCUGGGAGAAACCAGGGUGACAUGUGGAAAAACAGUGCAGGGAGGACAGAAAAAACCCUGCCUGCUGCUCCUGCCCGCCCAGCUGCCCCAGCACCCCCAAUCUGGUGAUGUGAAAAUCUCAGCUUUUGCUUAAAAUUAACAGGGCCCCGGCCUCGAGGGCUGAGUGAGAAGCUGAGAAAGUGUAAUCAAAGCACACCCUUAAGCAUUUAAAAAUAGAAGAGAGGGAGAAAAAAAAACCACAUUAAAACACGAUGAUUCAUCUGGCAAAGCCCCAUUUGGGAGAGUGUGGGGCUGAUGUGUGCUCUGCAGGGGUGAAUGUCUGGGCACUGGGCCCCAACCAGCCACCUUACUGGAAUAAAAAUCACCUUCCCUGGAAGCACUGCAGUGAUGGGGGCCCUAUUUUUAGGCAAACAACUCUUGCUGCCCAGCAGGAUGCCUCGCCUCACCCUGGCUCAGCUGGACGUUGCAGCUCCCCAUCUGCUACCAUCACUUGCAAAUUCAGGCUCUGGCUCCAGGGCUGCUGAUCCCAACAAAGCUCCCCCUGUGCUUCCACAGAUACUGCCAUACUGAGUUGAGACCAGAAAGGUCUUGUCUUGAGAUAAAUGCUCAUUGCUAUCAAACCACCACUGUGAUCAGCCCAGCCAGCCUUGGGGUGGGCAUCCAUCCAUCCAUCCAUCCAUCCAUCCAUCCAUCCAUCAUCUCAGCCACUGGCAGGACACAAAGGAAGGUCUAACAUCAACUGCAUGCAGCUCAACCCGUACCUAGAGAAGCUUUUUUCUCCAGUUCCCAAUGCUCAUUAAUUUUUAGCCCCCAUUAAAACAAACUGCUCAUGAUAGGGGUCCCCAAAGUUAAGGGCACUGGGGUAACCCACCGUCCCCACCACAUGGGCACCCCAUAGUGGCAAGCUUGACUUGCCAGGCUGAUCCAUGGUGGGAAAAAACCUAAAGAAAAAGCCAGAAAGUUCUCAAACAGCCACUAGCCAGGUUUGCAUUUAACUUCAGCAGCAGCUAGCACCCCUAACCCCAAAAACUCUUACCUCCUGCAGCAUGACCAAUCCAUGCCCAAUGCAUGGCUCACCCCAGAGCAUGACUUUCCCUUCAUCAGCCUCCCCAAAGCAAACCCCACCUUCCCUUAGCUUGUGGUUGCACCUGGUUUAUGUCCGUGACAAAUUGGCCCCACCUGGCACCUCACCCGGUGCCAUGGGCCUCACAGGCUCCCCGCUUUGUGCGGUGCCGUUGCAGGGCAGGGCUGUCCCAGAGGAUCACCGUGGGCUGAGAGAAUGAAGAAGCCGGCUGGGUGGCAGCAGGAUGGGGCGGCAGGACCUCCUGCGUGCUGACGGGCCCCCACCGAUGCUCCCGUGGCCACUGGCCCUCCUGGCCCUGAGCGCGUGCUGCCGCUGGGGGGUGGCCAGCGAGGCGGGUGGCACUGUGCCCCAGCAGCAUGCUGCCGCCUCGACCCCUUCCUCCUCCUCCUCCUCCUCCUCCUCUUCCUCUGGCCGGGCACCCCUCGACUGGCUCCUCACCGACCGUGGACCCUUCUACCGAGCCCAGGAGUACGUGGACUUCAUGGAGCGCUACCGGCAGGGUUUUACCACCAGGUACAGGAUCUACAGAGAGUUUGCUCGCUGGAAGGUGAAUAAUUUGGCCUUGGAGAGGAAAGACUUCUUCAGCCUGCCUCUUCCCCUGGCUCCUGAAUUCAUCCGCAACAUCCGUCUGCUGGGACGCCGGCCCAGCCCCCAACAGAUCACCGACAGCCUCAUCAAAAAGUAUGGGACCCACUUCUUGCUUGCUGCCACGCUGGGAGGAGAAGAGUCCCUGACCAUUUUUGUGGACAAGCGCAAGCUGAGCCGGAGGGCAGAGCCUGCCGGGGGUGCUGGGAACAGCUCAGGGGUCUCACUGGAGACCCUGCACCAGCUGGCAGCCUCCUACUUCAUUGACCGGGAGAGCACACUGCGCCGGCUCCACCACAUCCAGAUCGCCACAGCUGCCAUCAAGGUGACUGAAACACGGACGGGGCCACUUGGCUGCAGCAACUAUGACAACCUGGACUCAGUGAGCUCUGUCCUGGUGCAGAGCCCUGAGAACAAAGUGCAGCUCCAAGGGCUGCAGACGGUGCUCCCCUCCUACCUGCGGGAGCGGUUCGUGGCAGCCGCCCUCAGCUACAUCGCCUGCAGCUCGGCCGGGGAGCUGGUGUGCCGCCAGAGCGACUGCCACUGCCAGUGCCAACCUGCCUUCCCCCGCUGCAACUGCCCCGAGGUCGACAUCCAGGCACUGGAGAGCAGCCUGGCCCAGCUCCAGCGAGCCUGGGAGAGCCACCACAGCCAGUUCGAGGAGUCAGAGGAGUUUCAGGCCCUGGUGAAGAGGCUCCCUGGGGACCGAUUCCUGAACAGGACAGCCAUCUCCCACUUCUGGGCCAUGGACCUGGAUGUCCAGCAUCGCUACCAGCAGCUGGGCACCAGCCUGAAGCUGCUCUCCAGGAAAACCCACCGACUCAUCCGACGGCUCUUCAACCUCAGCAAACGCUGCCACCGGCAACCUCGCUUCAAACUGCCAAAGGAGAGGUCCCUCCCCUACUGGUGGAGCCGUGCUCAGUCACUCCUGUACUGCAGUGAGACCACCAUGCCUGGGAUCUUCCUGGAAGAAAGCCACAGCUGCACAUGUCCCUCCGACCAGCCGUCCUGCCAGGGGUCCAUACCGUGUGCCUUGGGCGAGGGGCCUGCCUGCGCCACUUGUGCCGAGGACAACAGCACCCGCUGUGGAACCUGCAACCAUGGCUACAUGCUCACCCAGGGUUCCUGCCGCCCCGAGGUGGCUGACUCACUGGAGCACUACCUGGGGCUGGAGACGGAUCUGCAGGACUUGGAGCUCAAGUACCUCCUGCAGAAACGGGACAGCCGCAUUGAGGUGCACUCCAUCUUCAUCAGCAACGACAUGCGCCUUGGGAGCUGGUUUGACCCCUCCUGGAGGAAACGCAUGCUCUUGACCCUGAAAAGCAACAAGUACAAGCCCGGGCUGGUUCAUGUGAUGUUGGCCCUCUCCCUGCAGAUCUGCCUCACCAAGAACAGCACUCUGGAGCCCGUCAUGGCCAUCUAUGUCAACCCCUUUGGAGGAAGCCACUCAGAGAGCUGGUUCAUGCCUGUCAAUGAGGGCAGCUUCCCAGACUGGGAAAGGACUAACGUAGAUGCCUCUGCCCAGUGCCAAAACUGGACGCUCACCUUGGGAAACAAGUGGAAGACCUUCUUUGAAACGGUCCAUGUCUACUUGCGGAGCCGCAUCAAGUCUCUGGACAACAACUCCAACGAGACUAUCUACUACGAACCUUUGGAGAUGGCAGACCCCUCUAAGAACCUGGGCUACAUGAAAAUCAACAGCUUGCAAGUCUUUGGCUACAGCCUGCCCUUUGAACCAGAUGCUAUUCGUGACCUGAUCCUUCAGCUGGACUACCCCUAUACCCAGGGCUCCCAGGACUCAGCCAUGCUCCAGCUGUUGGAGAUCAGGGACCGGGUGAACAGGUUGUCACCCCCUGGCAAAGUCCGCCUUGACCUCUUCACUUGCUUGCUCCGCCACAGACUCAAGUUGGCCAACAACGAGGUGGCAAGGAUCCAGUCCUCCUUGAGGACCUUCAACGCCAAGCUGCCCAGUGCGGUAGAGCAGGAGACGGGCAAACUAUGCAGCUAACGGCUGGGGCUGCUCAGAUCUUGGAGCGAGGGGGCCAGGAGAAAGGAAUUCCCCAGGAUGGGGGAGAAAUAACCAUUCUAAAAAAUUAAAUCAAGGCCUUACCUUAGUGCCAACCGCGUGCUUCCAUGGUACACCCAGCGACCAGCCAAAGAGAUGCAGAGCUUGAGCAGAUGGAGGACGCCAACGGGACUAUGGAGGAGGGAUGGCUCACGCAGCACAGACUGGCUCCGAGCGCAGGGACGAUGCCAGCAUGGCUGCCCUGCACCACUGCUUUUGCUCGAGUGUCGGUGGCUGGGGUGAUGUGCCGAUGGCCGGGGGAUGUGGCUUGGUCAGAGGCAGCUUUUGGCCCCGCUGGAGCAGAUGCUCAACCCGCCGUGAGGAUCCUUCAGCGGCAGUCUCCUUGGUGCCCCAACUUUUAUAGUCUUUUUAAGAGUGGUUUCUAUCGCUGCGUUCGCUUCCGCAUUGCCCACAACCCUUCCUGUGGCCAUGCCCUCGCACACGGCACGUGGGGGACCAUGCUGCAGGCCUCUGAGAGGCAGCAGAUCUCUCCCAGUGCCUCUCCACGCACAUUUCAUGCCUGUCUAGGCAUCAUCACACCUCGUAUGGGAAGAACCUGGCACCUGCCCUGUGGACGCUGCUAUCAUGGACACCAGCAGAGACCUCUGGGCCACAAUUCCUUACAAAAAAAAACCCUGAAACCUAAAACAAAAGAAAGAAAAAGAAAGAAGAAAAAUGUUUUAUUUAUGUAUUUAAUUAUUUGAUUUGUUUGGGAGGGUUUUUUUUUUAAGCCUAUUUAUCUGGGGGGGGGGUCAUUUCUUGUCAGUGGCUUCCGCCAAAAGACAUCUUAGUAAAAUAUAUCUGUUUAAUAUA